GGGGGAGACUAGCACAGGGGCGGAGCUUCGCCGUGAGCCAGGGGGCGAGGAGCUCGCCAGAGCCUCACUCGCUCCCCGCGUCACUGUGCAUGGCAAGUGCUGGGCACACGGGCUGCUCUCCGCCCCCCCGCCCGCCUGCCUCCAUUGUAUAAUGCUUCGUGAGCGCGGCGGCAGCGCGGAGAAACCAGCCGCUUAAAUCCUCAAGCUGCCUCCGCCUCCCCCCCACCCGCCCCCUGUCCCCGCCAGCGAGCGAGCGACAUAUGGAGCGGGUGUAGGGUCGGAGCGUGCAGACCCUGAUGCUUUAGUUCUCAGGUGCAACUGCAUGUGAUAUAUGUUGGGGAAAGGAGGGAAGCGGAAGUUUGACGAGUAUGAAGAUGGGCUGGAAGGCAAAGCGGUGUCUCCUACUGACGGUCCAUCUAAGGUGUCUUACACCUUACAGCGCCAGACUAUCUUCAACAUUUCCCUUAUGAAACUUUAUAACCACAGGCCAUUAACAGAGCCAAGCUUGCAAAAGACAGUUUUAAUUAACAACAUGCUGAGGCGAAUCCAGGAGGAACUCAAACAAGAAGGCAGCUUGAGGCCUGUGUUCAUCACCACUUCACAGCCUACUGACCCUCUGGGUGACAGCUUUCGAGAGGCUCAGCCUGCGUUCAGUCAUCUUGCCUCUCAGCCAGUUCACCCCACUGACUUAGUAAGCACUACACCAUUAGAGUCUUGCCUCACCCCUGCCUCUUUGCUUGAGGAUGACACUUUUUGCACUUCCCAGACUGUCCAACAUGAUGGUCCUACAAAACUACCACCUCCAGCUGUCCAACCGGUAAAAGACAGUUUCUCCUCGGCCUUGGACGAAAUUGAGGAGCUUUGUCCAACACCUACCUCUACCGAGGCAGUAGUAGUAGCAACAGAAGCAGCAGCAACAAUAGAUGACUCUAAAGACAACUCCAGUGAGUCUAAUGUUCAAAAGUCUGAGGGAGUCCAAGAGAGCAGAACAAGUGAAUCAAAACUCAUGGACUCUUUACCCGGCAAUUUUGAAAUAACAACUUCCACAGGUUUUCUUACAGACUUGACCUUGGAUGAUAUUCUGUUUGCUGACAUUGACACAUCUAUGUAUGAUUUUGACCCUUGCACAUCUGCUACAGGGGCUGCCUCAAAAAUGGCUCCUGUCUCAGCAGAUGAUCUCCUAAAAACUCUAGCCCCCUAUAGCAGUCAACCAGUAACCCCAAAUCAGCCUUUCAAAAUGGACCUCACAGAACUGGAUCACAUAAUGGAGGUGCUUGUUGGGUCUUAAAGUAUACCGACUUUUUAUGUACCAGUAUAUACACUUGGUAGUAUUUUCACAACCCUUCCCUCCCUCCCUGCCCCUCUAAAUUCACAGCACUGUGCAUGCGUCCUUGCUUGCCUUUUUUUUUAAAAGAAAAGGAUCACACUAGUUUUUGCUUCAAGCAGAGUUGGAGUGCCUUCAUCAGUGUAUGACCACUUUUAAUGUAUUUUUUUUAAGUGGUUCCUCAAGGAAGACCUAAUACCCUGGUAUAGGAAAGAAUACAUAUUGUAGACAAUAUUACAAUGAUAUUACGACAAAAAAAUUGAAUUGUAAAAGCUAAGCACAAGGAUUAUGUUGGGGAAAGCUGUAAAUUUGCAUGUGCAUAUUUGUCUAUUUUUUCUAUAAGUUUUAUUGCAAGAGGUAAAAAAUUUAUUAUUUAGAUAAUCUCAGUACCUUUUUGGCAUUUUAGCCCUGUAUAGGUUGACUUAGCAAUUCAGCCCUUUGGAGGCAUUAACUAGUCUUCUUUAAGUGUUGCAUUUACAUGGCUGUUUAGAAACUGCUGCCCAAAUUUAUUUUAUAUUUUUGUACAGAUUCUGCAGUUUAUUAUAUUGUUUUUUCUAAAAACAAAUGCUGUUUAUACACACAAAAAAAUAGCUAUUUUGAUAGGAUUUGCUCACAUAGUUCCUGCAUAAUUGAUGUACAAGAACCACUUGUACUUUUAUACAGAGUUGUAAUGUUUUAUAUGUGUAUGGUGCAAAGAGAAAUAUGGAUCAAAUAAAUCUGCAGUUAGGUCUCCCUGAAUGCAAGCAGUGCUUUAAGAAAGGGCUGGGGGCUGUUUCACAAAUAUUUACUUGCUGCUGUAGCCACCUGUGCACUGCUGUGAUUUGAAAACCUAGAGCCAUGUCAACUCCGAGACCUAUGUUAAACAGUUGGCAGGAGAUAAUUGUGAAACUUCAUUCUAAGUGUUCUCUUGUGAGGCUACUGAAAACCUGAUCCUGAAGCCAGUAUGUCAAGCAAACGUAUAAUCUUUUUAUUUUUAAGCAAAGUUUUUUGGUUUUUUUUCUAAAUUUGGAACAGCCAAUUGUCUUUGUUACUUGAAAUGUGUUACCAUUUUAGCAAGUCGGCAUUUCCUUAGCUGAAGUGAUUGUGCAUUAUUUUAAUGAGAAUAUACACACCAUUUACAAAUACAUCUUUGUAAUUUUUCUGAAAGAAGAUCUACAUGGUAUUUGUUCCAAUUAAUUUGCGUUCAAGAUUCCACUUGCCCUUUCUUGGAGCAUUCUUUCUCCCUCACUGUGUUAAUAAGUGCUGAAAAAUGCAACUUCAGUAUUACUGCAGUGAAGCUCAUCUCUUAUCUGCACUGGAUGGACUUAUUUUUAGUAUCCAUUGCUGUUGAAACUGGAGCCAGUCGUGUUACAUCACUUGGCAUCUCCUCUAGGGUUUGUUUCUUGUAUCAACCGUGUUACCUGCUUUACACUUUAUAGACCUGUUUUACAGUGAAUAUACAGACACAGCUUUCUAUGCAUGUUUCCUUCCCCAGUAACACCUGAGAUGCACCAAUAGCAUUUUUGUAUUCAUUGUGGUGUACAUUUAAUUUAAAAAAAAACGUUUGCAAUGUAUCAUGCCUAUUGCUGAAAUUGCUAUGGCAUUUUAGUUUUUCAAUGGUACUUUAGCUGAUGAGUGCAGGUUACAACCUAUAUUGUUGACAUGCCUAUGGCUUCUUUAGGAAUAACUUUUAUAUUUAUUUAAGAAAUUUUAAAUUAUGUUUUAUGUCAUUUGGCAAUAUUCAGUCAGUUCUGCUCACUUCUUGUCAUGGAUAAAAUUGGGUCUUGUCUGCCUUAAAGAAGGCAGCUUUAUAAAUUGGCACUUUAAACAGGCCAUAUAUAUUUACUAGUAAAUAUAUAUAAUGCACACACAUAACACAAAGCAAAUAAAUUUUGCAGUGAAGGAACUGCUACUCUAAAUGCAGUGCAUCAUGUACAAUUUGGAAAUGCUUCUAGAUCCUAAUUAAUCAGCCAGUUUUAGUCUAUUUUAAAGAGAAAUAGUAUCUGACACAACAAGAUGUUGAUAUAAUCGCAAUUGUUUGCUUACAAUAUAGUAUUUUCUAACUUCAGACAGAACGGCAGCAACCAACUAAAAUUAAGGACCAUUUUUAAUUGCUGGCUCAGGGCUAGCUGGGGAAGGGUCGCUCUGUUUUGCAUCCAGUAAUGUUUGGCUAUUGUUCAUUCAGCAGCUUCCAUUCCUUGUAAAAGAACAAUCCUGCCACAGGCUCCACAACUUUUGUAACUGGAACACCCAAGGAACCAUAGCAACCAUAAGGUGUAUUAAUCUGUAUACAAAAACCUAAAGCCAUGCAAUAAUGUUGAUUGUUCAGAACAAUAACAUGGUAAGCAGUUGAUUAUUGUUGUUCUAAGUUAUUGUAAAUCAGUUCUUAAACUGCCCUUGCUUUGGAUUAGUUAAUUGUGUUUUUAGACAAGCACCAUAUGUUAGGCAACAGUUCAAAUAAACGCCAUUUUUCAGAGCAGUGAACUGCUGUUUGAAAGUGGUUGUUUGAAGUCUCUUUGUAAUUGCAGAACAAGAGAGAAUCUCAAAAUACUCUUUACCACUCCAAAGAAAUCUGUGUAUCCUUGGUAAUAAAGUAGGGAAAUCCUUAAUAUUAGAGUACACCUCUACCCUGAUAAAAUGUGACCUGAUAGAACACGAAUUCGGAUAUAACACGGUAAAGCAGCGCUCUGGGAGGAUGGGGCUGCACGCUCCGGCAGACCAAAGCAAGUUUGAUAUAACGCGGUUUCACCUAUAACGCAAAAAGAUAUUUUGGCUCCUGAGGACAGCGUUAUAUUCAGGUAGAGGUGUACUUAAAGGAAGUUGAUAGGAGAUACACAAAGAGCAAAACACCUGAUUUAUAAAAUUAGGCAAAAGGUUGAUAAUUCUUAUUUUGAACUGUAACCUUUAAUUCUAUAGAUUGAAAUGCUUGUUGGAAUCUUCUGCUUUGGCAGUAACUUUCUUUCUAUAGCAUGGCCUUCUAGCAAAGGGCUGAGUAUAACAGUCAAGAUAAGAUUUCUUUAUAAAAGAUGAAUACCCAGGUGAUGUAUAUUGACGAUGUGCAAUGAAGUGACAAGAUGAGAGCAGAAUAAAAGAGCUUUGGAUUUGAAGUGAUUUUUUCAUAAGUUAUUUAUUCCUUUUUUUCAUUGUAAAUAUAUUUAUUUUAUUGUGGAGCUAACAACAUCUGGAUUGUAACAUGUACAGAAUGUAUGGUAGGAAUGUAUUCUCUUGUAGGAAUGUAAAUCUGUAUGGAAAGGGAUGGGAGCCUGAUUCAGAGAAAAUGCAUUGGGUUCUAUUCGGGAUAUGCAAGGUUCAUAUUAAUUCCCCCUCACACACACACACUCUUUUCCAACAUGGGUCUGGUUGUUUGAAAUAUGCAAAAAGUAUGGAUGAGGGAGACUUUAAUACUCAAAAUUAGUCCUAAAAAUCAGACUAGUAAUGCGUCCGUUCCUUUAAAGGGGCCUGCGCUUGCGCCCUUUAAAGUCAGGUGGAGUCUUGAGUAGAAGCAGCAGCAAGGUCCACAUACCACUGCUGUUCCUUUAGGGGUUGAUCUUGUAAAUGCAUGAGUUUAGGGCAGGUCUACACUACCGCUUAACUCAAUCUAACUUAUGUCGCUCAGGGGUGUGAAAAAGCCUCCCCCCGGGCAGCACUUUUUUCACUCUGUCCACACCAGCACUAUAUCGGUGGGAGACACUCUCCCGCUGACGUAGCUUUGGCGUGUCACCGAGGUGGAGUAAUUAUGCCAAUGGGAAAGCACUUUCCCGUCAGCAAAGAGCAUCUUCACAAGACGCGCUACAGCCAAUGCAGCUCGCCCAUACCGCACUGUAGUGUAGACUUGCCCUAAAUCUUUACUGAUGCAAGCAGUCCCCGUGAAGUCUGUGGGGCUCUAUGAGUGAGUAAGAGUUUGCAGAGUGAUGCCCUUACUCCAGAAAGUGCAACAGAACUGACACUGCAUUUGUGCAAAAUGGUAAGACACAGACAAAAAGUGGUAAAUGCACUUUCCAAGGGCUCCAUGUUUUUUUGCAUGGGGUUGGAUUUUGCUAUUGCUUACUGAUCAGGCAGUCCUUGCUCAUAUGUAGUUCUCAGUGGAAAUUUUGCCAGCAAUACAGGAUUGGCCCCAGUAACAGUCCCUGCUCAGAGUCCUAGUGGACUGCACAUAUCUGUAUGCAAAGCAAGGAGAGAUUCCUUUUAAAAGAAACUUCGAGGAGCAGUAAAGUAUUAAAAAUUAAAGGCAUCUGUCUAUUCAUGUUCCUCGCAGUGAGCUACAAAAUAAGAUGAUCGAGGCACCACCUGAAACGCCCAGUGUGAGACUAAACUCUUAGCUUGUGCUGCAGCCAUUCUAGUUUUCUCCCUGCUGUAUGUUAAUCGCCUUCAGUGUUGUGAUCCCAAAGUUUACACGUUCUUCAAAAACUAAACGAGCAAAUUGUAAUGGUUCCUGCCUGAGAAAUGGGUUCACUCGCUCCGAGGAGGCUUGAACAUUGAUUUAAUGUUGAACAGAUUUCAGCAUCCUGCUCUUGUGAAAGUUGCUUUCAGUGCUUACGUUAAUGAGUCUGAAUGUUUCUCAGAAAUUAGUUCAGUCUGAGCUUCCCCUCCCCCCUCUUUCAGGAAAUAGGCCUAAUGCAAAUUCUGGAAUUCUUUUUAAAAAGAGACAAAAACUUUUUAGAGGGUUAAUAAUGUAACCCAGGCUAGAAUCUGUAAAGGCAGAGAUUCUGGAAAAGGUGUGUAUAUAUAUAGUGUGACAUGUUCAGUGCAUGGUGGUUGAAGAGGGCUUGUUAUUGUCAAAAAGAAGGCUGUAUUUUUUUCCCCCACAGACCUUAGCGCUGUGCCUUUUCUAUGCAAUAUUACAGACAUAUACAUUUGAACCCAGAUUACUGUAUUCACAUGUAGGUAUGGGCUGUAAUCAAAACAAUUGGACAAAUGUACAUGGAAAUGAGCAGUCUUACUUUUGUAGUUUUAUAUUAUACAAUAAACAAUUAAAAGAUACAAAA